UGAUAAAAUAUAGACUAGUUAGACUUUAUAAAAUCUGUCUGCUUGGCGACACAGACUGUUCUUUUGGACAUAAUAUCAUAAGCAUCGCUUAUAACAAAGUUGUACCACUGAAUCGAAAAUAACUUGUGGACGGGGCAUGUAUCGAACCGCGACGUGCGAUGUGGCAACACUAGGAACAGGUGGCGUUGGAUGUAAACGUCGCUACGCCCGAAAGUUUUCUCCGGCACGCUAAGUGACCUUCUGAAAGCUCUGUGUUCGGAAUGUUGGACUGACAAGUUAUGAAGGACACCCAAGUCCCUGGAGUUCGUAGUUAACGGUCAUAUUCGCAGAGAACUGCCAGAAGCUGUAAAAUGGUGUUUAGAGAGCAGGACACACAUGCUCUACAUCAUGAGCCGAUGUACGAUCCAGAGUUACUUAAAAAGCUGGACUUUUCGCAGUCACCAACAAAAUUUAAUCCUCCUGUUACUGCAGUUAACCCCGGAGAAAAUCUUCUAGUUCGCCCCUUGUGCCGGGCGGAUUACGAAAAAGGAUUUGUACAAUUGCUUGGGCAGCUGACAAGUGUUGGAGAUAUCACAAAGGAGCAGUUUCUUCGGCGAUAUGCUGAAAUGAAGGCAUGUAAAAAUACGUACUUCAUCACAGUAAUUGAAGAUACAAUAACUAACAGAAUUAUUGGUGCUGCUACUCUUGUUAUAGAGCAAAAAUUCAUUCACGGAUGUGCUGUGCGUGGCCGUUUGGAAGAUGUUGUUGUAAAUGAUACGUAUCGUGGAAAGCAACUUGGUAAACUAAUUGUGACAACCGUUGCAUUGUUGGCUAAGACACUGAACUGCUACAAGAUCACCCUGGAGUGCAAAGACAAAUUAAUACCAUUUUAUCAAAGCAUAGGCUAUGUUCUGGAGCCUGGGAAUUCAAAUUCUAUGUCGAUACGUUUUGAUGCUCCUCAAAAAAAGCACACCCCAAAUGCUGCUGCAAAAUUAUAAGUUUAUAAGUUUCCCAGAUAUAAUGGAUGUAACACUCUGUAACAAUUGUACUUAAUAUUCUCCUUUUGGCAUGUGUAUUUUGAAAUUUAACUUUUAUUUAAUUUCGUUACUUUGAUAAUCUGUCCAUUUCAAUUGAAUAUAGGGUAUGAAACCAAUUUGUUGACUUUUCAUGUGCAGAUUUAUAUCAUGCAGCACAAUAUCUGUAAAUGCUUGUGAAUGAUUUUUGAAUUAAAUCUAAUGUCCUGCAUAACAAA